AUUUGAAGUUUGUGUGCUAUUCAAAAAAUCGUCGAGCGACCUUGAGUUCUUGAAUUAAAUUGGUGUCCUGAUGCAUCACUCGAUGUCUCCUCACAAGGAUAGUGAUGCAUUAAAAAUGUACCGCCUAAGGACUGUUGCCCUAUACGAACUCUCAAUGAAAGCUGGAGUUUCAAUGGACAACAUGGUUUUCAGAAGUGUACAUGCACUAAUUUCACUAGGCUGUAGUCCGGCGGCUGUCUAUUCUAUGCUAAAACACUUUGCAUCACUGCAUGCAAAGAAGCUUGCUACACAAGGUGACCCGAAUUCUACCAUUACUGCACAUAAUUCUACUGCUGCUGUUGCUGCUGCUUCGGCUUCUGCUGCUAGUAUUCAACAUCCAAAUGAUACUACCACCGGUGAAUUGCAAACUUUCCUGUUGGAUAAAUCAAGAUUCAUUGAUACCCUGUUGGCACCAAGUCGAAAUUUAGACUCACAAUCAACUGUUCUCAGUAGUAGUAGUACUAGUAAUCACAAUAUUACUACUAAUAAUAAUGAUACGCAUAUCAGUAAUUAUGAUCAAACAAAUAAAGCUGUGACAACUAAGCCAAGAAUGUUACCAUCGCAUACACUGAAGCAUAACUGAUAAAUUUGUCGGCUUAAUCAUUUUUGUACUCAAAAUGCAAACAUGUUGUCAGUGUCUGUAAAUGUUAAUUAACAUUUUUGAUUGAAUCGUUUUAUGAAACAAAGUAAAGAAAAGGCCUCAUAUCAUCUAUAUAAUUUUUAUUAUUAUUAUUUUCCUCAUUUUUCUUCUCAAAAUCGUCUAUUCCUAUCCGAAUAGAUGAGUACAGAGAAGGUGAGAACAGGCGCAUACAAAGACACAUUUUUUUAUAGAAAACAUUUGAAAAUCAUAAUUCCUUUUGAAGUAAAUUAUUGUAACAAAUGAUUGCAUCACUUCAAAUUACUGAAGAGUUCUCUUUCUUUCCCUUAUGAAGAUACACAUGCCUUUUUCAUUCCUAUAUUCCUUUUCUUCUACAGCUGAUGCUGCUUGUCUUUCGUCUUAUUCUUCUAAAAAAACACAGUUAGGAAUCAUUUUUUGUGUAUAUCAAAUUACUAAAAAAUAUUGAAGUAAAUAUUAUGCAAGUAUCUGUUCAAAAAAAUUACUUCUGGUCGACUUGUAUCCUUGUUUUUUUGGUGAUUAGUAGUUGUCUUUGUUUGCUUGUUCCUUUGUUUAUGUGUCGUUUGCAGUUCUUGUUUGGGUCAAAAAUUAAAUAAAAAAA